GGAGGGAGGCUGUGGCGGCGCCGCCCUCUGGAGAGGGAGCCGGCGAGAGGCUGGUGUGAAGAGCAGCAUCUCAAUGAGGGCCGGGCUAAUGCAAAUCGCCGCAAUCACCAGCAGACAGUAGAAGAAAGGCGAAGCAGCUGCCGCCCAGCCUCAGCAGCAGCAGCAGCAGCGGCCAGCCGGGGGGCCAGAAGACCCAUAACAAAAGGCAUCCGAGCUGCUCUCUGCGACCGCAGUUGCAAUCAAAGCGGGGCGGCAGGGCGGGGGAGUUGCUGAUCGGAAACCCAGCACCCCCUUCACAACCAACCUACUUGGGUCUGGGGCAGAGGCGCUUCCAGCCCCCCACGCCCCCACGAAUAGAUUUACAUCAAAGAUGUCCUUUGGAAGAGACAUGGAGCUGGAACACUUUGAUGAGCGUGAUAAAGCACAGCGAUAUGGCAGAGGGUCACGGGUAAAUGGUCUGCCUAGCCCUACCCACAGUGCCCACUGCAGCUUUUACCGAACCCGCACUCUACAAACCCUAAGUUCUGAGAAAAAAGCCAAGAAAGUUCGUUUCUAUCGCAACGGAGACCGGUAUUUCAAAGGGAUUGUCUAUGCCAUCUCCCCCGACCGGUUUAGAUCUUUUGAGGCCCUGUUGGCUGAUCUGACCCGAACUCUGUCUGAUAAUGUGAAUCUGCCCCAGGGAGUGAGAACAAUCUACACCAUUGAUGGUGCCAAGAAGAUUUCCACCUUGGACCAGCUAGUGGAAGGGGAGAGCUAUGUGUGUGGUUCAAUAGAACCUUUCAAAAAACUGGAGUACACGAAGAAUGUAAACCCAAAUUGGUCAGUGAAUGUUAAGACAACAUCCACUUCCCGUACGGUGCCGUCUCUUGCCACUGCCAAAGGAAGUCCUUCCGAUGCAAGAGAGAAUAAAGAUUUCAUUAAGCCUAAACUGGUCACCAUCAUCAGGAGUGGUGUGAAACCACGUAAAGCAGUCCGGAUUCUGCUUAAUAAGAAGACAGCACAUUCAUUUGAACAGGUUCUUACUGAUAUAACUGAUGCCAUCAAGUUGGAUUCGGGAGUGGUUAAACGCCUGUACACACUGGAUGGAAAACAGGUGAUGUGCCUUCAGGAUUUCUUUGGUGAUGAUGACAUUUUUAUUGCAUGUGGACCAGAAAAGUUCCGUUACCAGGAUGAUUUCUUGCUAGAUGAAAGUGAAUGUCGGGUAGUGAAAUCUACUUCCUAUACCAAAAUAGCUUCAACAUCACGUAGGAGCACCACCAAGAGCCCAGGUCCAUCUAGACGCAGCAAGUCUCCUGCCUCUACCAGCUCAGUUAAUGGAACCCCUGGUAGCCAGCUUUCUACUCCCCGCUCCGGGAAGUCUCCAAGCCCAUCUCCUACCAGCCCAGGAAGCCUGCGAAAACAGAGGAGCUCCCAACACAGUGGUUCCUCUACCUCAUUAGCAUCCACCAAAGUUUGCAGCUCCAUGGAUGAAAAUGAUGGACCUGGAGAAGAAGUGUUGGAAGAAGGCUUCCAGGUUCCAGCAUCAAUAGCAGAAAGAUAUAAAGUUGGAAGGACUAUAGGAGAUGGAAAUUUUGCUAUUGUAAAGGAGUGUAUAGAAAGGUCAACUGGUCGAGAAUAUGCUCUGAAAAUCAUAAAAAAAAGUAAAUGUAGAGGAAAAGAGCACAUGAUCCAGAAUGAGGUAUCUAUUUUAAGAAGGGUCAAACAUCCCAAUAUUGUUCUUCUGAUUGAGGAGAUGGACAUGCCAACUGAGUUGUACCUUGUCAUGGAGCUUGUAAAGGGAGGAGACCUUUUUGAUGCCAUUACCUCCACUAACAAAUACACAGAGCGGGAUGCCAGUGGGAUGCUGUACAAUCUGGCCAGUGCCAUCAAAUACCUCCAUAGCUUGAACAUUGUUCACAGGGAUAUCAAACCUGAGAAUCUACUGGUUUAUGAACACCAAGAUGGAAGCAAGUCUCUGAAGCUGGGAGACUUUGGGCUGGCAACAAUAGUGGAUGGACCUCUUUACACAGUCUGUGGGACCCCUACAUAUGUAGCUCCAGAAAUCAUUGCAGAAGCUGGAUAUGGCCUGAAGGUAGACAUCUGGGCAGCUGGUGUGAUUACUUACAUCCUGCUAUGUGGCUUUCCUCCAUUCCGUGGAUGUGGAGAUGACCAGGAAGUGCUUUUUGAUCAGAUUUUGAUGGGCCAGGUGGAUUUCCCAUCUCCAUACUGGGAUAAUGUUUCGGAUUCUGCAAAGGAACUUAUCACCAUGAUGCUUCAGGUAGAUGUAGAUCAGCGAUUCUCAGCCUUGCAAGUUCUCGAACAUCCGUGGGUUAAUGAUGAUGGCCUUCCAGAGAAUGAGCAUCAGCUUUCAGUAGCUGGGAAGAUAAAGAAGCAUUUCAAUACAGGGCCUAAACCCAACAGCACAGCAGCUGGAGUUUCUGUCAUAACAACCACCGCUCUUGAUAAGGAGAGGCAGGUUUUCCGACGAAGACGCAACCAGGAUGUGAGUGGACGUUAUAAGACUCAGCAAGCUCCACCUGAACUCAACUCUGAAUCGGAAGACUAUUCACCAAGUUCAUCCGAGACUGUUCGCUCACCUAACUCACCCUUUUAAUAAAACACUUUUGCUCAAAGUCUUGGCUUAACCCUUUGAGAUUCUGAAAAUCCUCCAAACCUGUGAGAAACGGUUACAUCUGCUCUAUCUAGCACUAAUGCUCGAAUGAUGGAACAGAAAAGGGUGUUUACAGUAUCUUUGUAAUAAUAAUUUCCUAACUGACUGAAAUGAUACUUGUGCUCUGUCUAGAUUGUGACUUGCUGCUAAAAUGAUCCUCAAAGGGUUAAGACUAUUUUGCAUUUUUUUAAGAUAAGAGCAAUGAAUGUUUUCAUCAGUCAUGCUAGGACCUGCAGUUUGUAAUUUUAGCACAUGUUAACCCUCUGAGUGCAUAGUAAUCUUUAACCUUGAUGGCCCACACUAGGGCUUUAUUGACUUAUAUGCACAUAUCUUUCCCUCAUCUCCUUAGUUCUUUCCCCAGUUUUCUGGCCAAAACAAUAUCCAAAUGCUACUCUAUUUGAGUGAUGGCAAAUAGGGGCUUUUUAAAAAUCUUGUUUUAGAGCAGCAUAUUCUAAACUUCUGUGAUAUUCUACCACAGAGGGCUGACCAUUAUUGGUAGGUGACAUACAAGAUAAGUGGAAAAUCAGUGGUAGGACUGCCUCAUAACAAUCUACCUAAGGUGACGUGACAAUACCAUCAAAAUAGUUGCUUCCACAUUAUUGGCUGCUAGCGGCUGUCGUGUAGUAGUGGCAGAAUCAUGAGAAGUGGGUGAAGGGCACAUUCUAUCAUGCUUUGGUAUGUAAAGAUCUAAUUCUAAAACUUUCCCCUGCCACACACACAAGGACGUACAGAUGGGGGAGAGCAAUUAGUUUCUCUGUAGCAUUGGGAUUUUGAAGAGGGAAUACUCCUCUCAACACAAUCAUGUUUUUUCAUAGACACACUGUGAUUACUACCAGGAGAGAGACUUUUAAAAGACAGAGAUGAAAAAUCCAGCAUUAAAGGAAAGAGAAUUAUCCUUAAAAUAGUUACAUUAUUUAUAAAUUUGGGGAAAUACCUGGCAAGUUAACAUUUAAGAAAAGCCUUUGGGUGAAAUCCUGCUGUCCUCAUUGACAUCAAUGAGAAUUUUGUCUUAGAGUGGAAAAACUAUUCAUCUAGCGGAUCUGUCCUAUUAUACACAGAGGGGGGUGUGUGUGAAAACACACACAUAGGGUGUUAAACCUCAAGUCAGUGUGAUUUCAUUUCAUCCUUGUACAAAGAAAAGCCAAUUCACAGAGAAGUUAUACUUCAUAAACUUUUGCUUCAAAUAGGAUCAUUUGAGUGAAAACAGUCCCAUAUUCACACAAAAGUGGCACUAGUUGAGUGAAAAAUGGCACAUUUCCAAAAUUUGAUUUUCAAAAUGAUAAAUAAAUAUAAGACCCGAGCAGAAAAUAUUAACUUUGAUGUUUCACAUGUUGAUUUUACAUUUUGGGGCUGUGCUCACAGAACUCUCAAUGAAAACCAUGGGAAUUCUGAAGGUGAGGGUCUUGUAGGAUCCAUCCUAUUAUUGAUUUGCAUUCCUAAAGUACCAAUCACUGGAGUAGCCAGGUGCCAUCUUUUUCUGAAAUCUCAAAAGAUUCACUGAAUGUCAUGUGUGUAAAUAGUGUAGGUCAAUUCCUUUCUCUUCUCUACUCUCUUUAGAAUAUGCCCAUCUCGCCUUAUGUCCAUUGUAAGAUUUUUAUAUUUCAAACAUUUAACACAUUUGGAACCAAGGGAACCUCAUUUCAUGAGUUUUCAUUCAAGUGAUGGAAAACAUUGAUUAGAGUUCUUUGGUUUCGAUCUAUCCAUUUGAUUGUGGGGGAGGUCCUCAAUGCGUCUGCAUAGCCCCAUUGACUUUAGUGGGAUGCUGCACACAAGUGUAAGGGUCUCAAUCAGAUUACAGGAUUGAGGCCUUUAUUGGCAACUGAAGCAUAAUUAACAGAGGAACACUGGUUAAAGUAUAAAAUUAAUUGUGCCCUAAGCAGAGAAACUCAGCAGGUUUCUGGGGAACUCCAUAGGGGUAAUGGGAUAUGUAGCUACAGCACACCUAAACUUCGGAGUUUGGAGUGUGCUUCCUGGCUAUUGUGCCUCCCUUGUCAAGGUCAGGGGGAAAGAUGGAAGAGCUAUAUAGUGGCAGAUCAUCUGACCUGCACAACCACCCCUAAAGAGUCACUGCACAAAGAGACUUCAUGGUAGGUAUGGAAUCAUCUUGGUGUCACCCCACUGGGCAGCAAUAUCAGAGCAAUUGCAUUACAUACGUGUCCUCUACUCUGGUGGAAGAGUGGGUAGGAUUUGGGCCACAGUGAAUCAAUAUUCAGGACCAGGUCCUCAGCUGGUGUAACUCAGUGUAGCUCCAUUGAAGCCAAUACUGACUUACAGCAGCUUAUAUAGCCCCCCACAUUAUAGUACAGCCUUCCCUUUAGAACAGAUGCAACUCAAUGCAAAUAUAAAGAUAUUUAUAUGGCAAUCUAAAGUGUCCAUUAAUAACACGUGCUUUUUUGACUAUCAGCAAAACGGCAGUUUCAAAGGAACAAGGACAAAAUUCGUUUUUCUUAAUUAAAUAGAGGAGUUGGGGAAAAAAAACAGGUAUGAAACAAAUGCUUCAUCUCAUGAAUGUGUAGUGUCGUUUGAGAUCUUCCGAUCACCUUUGCUUUUGUUUUAGACUCCAGGGCUAUCAUUAAAAUAAGAUGUUUGGCUCCAUCGUACACCAUAUUGUACCACUUAAAACAUAUAUAAAAAUAACCCCAGCCCCUGAAAUUUCCACUCAUCCCUUGCAAAUUUCUGAUCUUUGGCUCAUGUUUUACUGACAUAACUCCUAUAACAUUUUACAGUUAUGUUCCUUAGGCCCCUUCAAGAAUGUGCACCAAAUAGUUGAAUGGGGCCUUUUCAUGGUUUCAAGAAAAACUAUUGGAAUAUUAUAACGGUUUUAAAAGAGAGGAUAGCCGGAUUAUAAAAAUAAGGUUUCAAAUAGUUAAUGGUUGAUGCUUGUUUGCCAAAGAAAUACAAGGCCAAAUUUUGCCUCUACUUACACCUUUGUAAUCCCACUAAGUUCUUGGGUGUAACUGAUAUCAGAAGGUGGGACCCUUAGUCAAGGAAACUGAACAGAUUGGGGCUAACAGACAGUUUCUAAUAUGAAUACACUUAAAAAUCUAAUAUGAGAGCACAUGGCAUAGUAGUCAUUUUACUGUAAACCAUCCAGUAGCUUAACUUUACACAUUAUAUUGGUGCUAAACAUUAAAAUAAAACAAAAGAAAAUAUGCAUUGUAUUUACAGACUGUAAAUGCACCACUUCAUUAUUUUUUAUGCAUGUUGCUAACUGAUUGUCCCUUCCGGUGAGUUUACCUGCAGUAAACUAACUUUAUGGCAAAUGCAAUACUCAAAUGUUAUAGUGCCCUUCCCAUCUUUGUGCACUUUGAGUAUUGUGCUGAAUAAAUUUAGAAUGUGAUUUAUCAUGUGAAAAGGGAAAUCAGCAACCCCAUUAGAUAUAAUCUUAUUAGCAUUUAUCUACAAAAAGCUCCAGGAUAUUAUAGUUGUACUCAGAGGGUUAACAGAAAAGCACAAGGCAUGCUGAUUACAUUGGUGUAUCCAAACUGCUUUGCUUUUUUAGCCAGUGUUUGCUAAUUUUUCAGAAAAUUCUUGGAAAAUUUAAAGUUUAAAAUAAUUUAAGUGUUGUUGUUCAAGGAAUUUCUAUAACCAAAUUAAUCUUAUUUUUAGUUUAACUUAUCACAGGAAUAAUAUGUAUCAUUAAUGCAGUGUAAGUCUGUAGUUAUAACUUUUAUUAAUUCCACAAGUGAUUCAAGAUUUUUUUUUUAAGUACUUAAUAUAGAGCUUACAAUGGUGGCAUAGGUGACUGAGACUGUCUUUCUUUUUGGUAAACAAACAAUAUUGUAAUUUCAAGAGAGUCCUAAGAACCAGCUUUUCAGUUUGGUAGUGUACUAGUUAGGGAAAAGCGAUCUCAUUACAUGCAUUGUGUAAAUCUUUGUAGAUGAGAACUGUUCAUAUGAAUGAACACACUUUUUUUCUUGACAUUGUAGCAGAAACUGUUUACUUGUUGAUGAUCAACCAAUACAUUAAUUUGCUUCAGACUGUUACAGGGGAAAGUGAGACUCCAGUCAUUGAAAAUGUUAUUGCUUUACAGUAGCCCUCAUCUAAUUUAAAUGUGGUGCAUACUACAAUAAGCAAAGCCAAACCUGUGAAUAAA